AUGGCCGUCACGGGUGGGAACGACUGGGUGGAGUAUUACGAGACGGUUCGAAUGUGUGGACCGUUUUACGACAUCUUGUUCCUGCUCUAUACGUUCUUCUUUGUGUUCGCGCUUUUUAACAUCAUGACCGGUGUGUUUGUGGAGCGAGCGCUGACGGCAGCUAUUCCUGACAGAGAUGAAAUGAUUUGGGAAGAACAGAAGAAAUUGGCAAAGCAGGUGGAGGACUUCAAGGCUCUCUGCAAUCAGUUGGACACGGAUGGCUCAGGAACUAUCACCAAGACUGAGUUCAAGAAGCAUAUGCGGAGCGAUGUCAUGGUGUCGUACAUGUCCAGCGUUGGCCUGGAGAUGCACGAUGUGGAGCACUUCUUCCGAACUGUUGCCGGAGAAGACGAGGAGGUUAGCAUAGAUCGAUUUGUUGAAGGGUGCAUGGCUAUGAGAGGCAAUGCGACUGCGCUUGACGUCCAGCGACAGCUGUUCGAGUGCAAGCGUCUGUCAGACGCAAUCAAAGCCCUCAAGCGGGAGACCACGGAAAACAUGUGUAAGGUGCAGUGGAUGCUGUCAAAGGCCUUUCCAAGCUUGGCAGACGAGAUGCCAAAGAUGGAUGACCAGGCACAGCCCUCAAGCACAGGCCGCUCGCCUUCUGCGAGCUAUGCGAGCUCCAACAUGGGGAAGCAGAAUGCCGCGAAGGCGCGGCCUUCUAGCCCAACAAGAUCCCCGGGCACGAGCUCCGGCUUCGGAGAGGCCACUUCCAGUCCAACUCGCGAGACGACGCCGCCAGGGCGAAUCCUCGCAAAGGAAAUGGAGAAGAACGUGCAUUUUCACAUCGCCAAGUGA